AUGUUUUCUUCUUCCUUCAAAUUCACUUUCCAUUUUUGCAUCAUCAUAUUCAUAUUACAUUUCUUUGCUGCAACACCAAUUUUCUCAGACAAUUCCUCAGUUAACAAUUUUCUAGACAUUGCCAAGAGUCCUGAGGUUUUUGAUUGGAUGAUCAGUAUUAGAAGAAAGAUUCAUGAGAAUCCUGAAUUGGGUUUUCAAGAAUUUGAAACAAGUAAACUGAUAAGAUCAGAAUUGGAUAAAAUGGAUAUACCUUAUAAACAUCCAGUUGCAAUCACUGGUGUCAUUGGUUUCAUAGGAACUGGACUCUCUCCUUUUGUUGCUUUAAGAGCUGAUAUGGAUGCUCUUCCUGUGCAGGAAAUGGUGGAGUGGGAGCACAAGAGUAAAGUAGCUGGAAAGAUGCAUGCGUGUGGUCAUGAUGCUCAUGUGGCCAUGCUACUUGCUGCUGCAAAGAUUCUCAAAAAGCAUGAAAAUGAUAUACAAGGAACUGUUGUUCUUGUUUUCCAACCAGCAGAGGAAGCAAGUAGAGGGGCUAAGACAGUGGUAGAAUCUGGUGUAUUAGAAAAUGUUACAGCUAUUUUUGGAUUGCAUAUUAAUCCUAAAUUACCAAUUGGUGAAGUGGCCUCUACGUCUGGUCCAAUAAUGGCAGGUAGUGGCUACUUUGACGCAAAAAUAAUUGGAAAGGGAGGUCAUGCAGGUAUUCCUCAACAGACUAUAGACCCUGUAGUCGCAGCUUCCAACGCGGUUAUUAGCUUACAACACAUUGUUUCUCGCGAGGCUGAUCCUCUAGACUCCCAAGUUGUGACGAUUACGAAGUUUCAAGGAAGCAUUGCUUACAACAUCAUUCCAGAUUAUGUCACAAUUGGUGGCACCAUCCGAGCCUUAACUAAGCAGAGCUUCUACCAGCUGAGACAGCGGGUUGAGGAGGUUAUCAUUGGGCAAGCUGCUGUGCAUAGGUGCAAUGCAACUGUGGAGUUUCUUGGUGGAGUGGAACCUUUCUAUCUUCCAACUAUAAACAAUGGCGACUUGCACGAACAUUUUAUGAAUGUUGCAGUGAAUAUGCUUGGCAUGACUAAAGUUAAUAGUGCCAUGGCCCCAUUGAUGGUAGCUGAAGACUUUUCAUUCUAUCAAGAGGUCAUACCUGGCUACUUCUUCAUGCUGGGAAUGCAGAAUGCCUCAAAUAAACGACUUGAUCAGUCGUUACACUCGCCUUAUCUCGAAAUCAAUGAAGAUGGACUCCCUUAUGGAGCUGCACUUCAUGCAUCAUUGGCUUUUAGCCAUCUUCUAAAACAUCAGCAGAAUGUUCCUGUUGUUGAAAGAAUAUAUCAUGAGGAAUUAUAA